AUGCCUGAAUGGCGCGAUGAAUACCUCGCUUCCCUCCGCGAGCAGGAGCGGAACAAUCCCGUGAACCUCGAGCUCGUCGAACUAUGCUCGCAGCUGACCGAUCGCGUCGCGGCACUCGAGGCUGAGAAGGAAGCGCUCGCAGCGACGACAAAGCUGCCGGCAAAGGCCGGUGCAAAGGCUGCUGCUCCCGUGGAUGGUGCCGACCCCGUUGCCGCGCAGCUCCGAUUCGACCUCGCCGAAGCCCUACGAUCGAAAGGUUCCCUGCAGUCUCGGGCGAAAAAGGCCGAGGACGAGCUUGUCGAGUUACGCAACAAGACCAAGACAGAUACCCACGAGUUGAGGGCCCUCACGUCGGAGAAGGCUGCCCUCGUCACCAAAUUACGUGACCGCGAACACGAAAUCAAGGAAAAAAGAAAAUUGAUCGAGGACGUCCAAGACGAGAUGAUCACAUUAAACCUUCAGGUUGCCAUGGCCGAGAAAGAGCGUGACAAGGUCAAGAGAGAGAACAAGGAGCUCAUUGACCGCUGGAUGAAGAGAAUGGCCCAGGAAGCUGACGCCAUGAACCUCGCCAACGAACCACACUUUGACAACAAGCGAUGA